AAUAAGUUUGUUUUUUUUAUAACGGAAAACCCUCGGACUCGUAAGUGGCGCAGUCGAUUAAAGAACCUAAUAACGUUUAGUGAACAUCCCGAAGGACUUCAUUAAACCGUUAAAAUAAAUAUAUAUAUAUAUCCUUAUAAAAACCGAAGUGACAGUGAAAAGUCAAAAGACUUCAUUGCAAAUUUUAACUCAAACGUCUAAAAGACAAUAUAGCACAAAAGAGCUAUAGUUAUGAAAAAUACAAAAAAUAAAACAGUACAUUGUAUCUAAAGAUAACAAACCACUGGAACAUUAUAGAAAACAAAAGUGCCUAAAGACAACAAUAAACAAAAAAAAAAGUAGAAAAAUAUAAAUAUGUCCGUCGAAAACAACCACAUCAAUCAACCCGCUUUACUAUCUGGAUCCGACCUCUUGAAGGAAGCAGCUCGUAUCAAGGAGUUCCACGGCACAAAAGACUACGAUUUAUCAUCCUUCAUCAGAGAAGUUGAAUUAAUAUUGCCGCUGUUUCAAGAAAAUGCCAUACUACACCGGUUUGUCCUCGAAAGAUACGUAAAAAACAAAAUCCAAGGGCCAGCCUUACACGUUGUUAGAGCGUUAGGAUCGGAAGCAACGUGGAAUCAAAUAAAAGAGGAACUUGUGAAGAAUUUCGGCAUCAGGGAGAGCUACCACUAUCUAUAUCAUCAGGCUAUAAAUAUGAAGAACAACAAUCACAUCUACAUAGCUAUGGCGUAAGACCAGUUAAAUUCUUUUUAAUCAAUGACAGACAAGUUUUAAAGGCUUUUUGGCUUGUUUUAAAUUAUUUAAGGAUUUUCGGAGUCCCAUGUACUACAAGAGUGGACAUGGAUCUGCUACAUAUCUAGACCGCACAAUGAAAUGUUGUAUAUGAUGAGUGAUUAGCGUAGGAUCGACGAGGGGAAGAGGUAAAGCUAACUUACGUGCUUUUGUACAUAGAUGCAUGUUCGCACGGGCUUGUGAAUUUUAUAUAUAAUGCACUAAUUGACAAAUUGAUUUAAGUGAGUCUAUACCUUUUGUGAUGGAAAAAUAAUAAUUAUGUUGUUUCUUUGCUGGUUUGGGAGUGUUCAUGGACAACGUGUAAACAGAAUGUUAUAUAUUUAGAAGCAAUGUGUCAGCAGU